AUGAAAACUGCGAUUCUUCUUCUUCAAUUUGUGCAGCUUGCUUUGGGAGCAGUUACAGUAGCCCAACUCAAUUCAACAAAAAUUUCUGAAAAAACGAAUACGACAGAACAUCAUAUCGAUGAAAUUUUGCUCGGGAAUUUGGUUUUGGAGGUUGAAAAUGAAGCGAAUCUGGAGCUGCUGAAAAAAAACUCUCAAGCACGACAUAAACAAAACGCUCGAAGAAUUCAACCUGACAAUGUCGACUUUCAACGAAAGCAGCUCCAGUUUUCCCGAAUUAGUGAUUCUGCCAAUUUUCAUCGAGGAGCCCGAAAACACGACCUUGCCGGCAUGGUCAGUUUUGGAAGAAGCGAUGAGAAACUUGACAACUGUCGCGCUUGGAGAAUUUCCAAAUACAGGAACAGCCUGAUCAACUAUGUUUUCGAGCUCUCAAAAGUGUCCAGCAUCAAAUUUCUGCGCGAAGUGAAUCUUUCUGAUGAAGGGCUUUUUACAAUUUUGCUGGUUUCCGUCUUUGGCGGAAUUUUUGUGCUUCUAAUUGCGAUCAUUGUUCUUGGAGCCUUUAUUUACAACAAACGAAAUACAUCUGGAGAGCUUCAAAUCUCUGCUUCAACAAAUCAAGUUCCAGGUUUGAUUUCGGCAAACAAGUGUCCUAUCGGAUUCACUGAUUUGAGAGAAAGUGACGAAGAUCCCGAAUUCAAGCAUGGAAGCUGCGCCAAAGUUGUGAACAGCGAUGAUCAAUCAGGUUUAACAUGGCAUGAAGCGCGCGAUUACUGUGUCCGUGUUUACGAGGGCCACUUAGCGGAUGUCGAGCACAAUGCUCCGAACUCUUCUCGCAUGAGGGCGCUAGCUGUGCCGAUUAAUUUCGCCGAAAACAAGGCAAUUUCGCUUCUCGUCAAGAAGAAUAAAGAAGGAAAGCUUCCCUUUCUCUGGCUCGGAUUCACUGACGAGGAUCGGGAAGGGUACUGGAUGAACGUUUUUGGAAAACAAGCCGAGUUCACCAAUUGGGGAAGAACUUCCACUGGCGUUUACAAUCCUGAUAACGCUCGUAAAACCAUCAAAGUUGAGGGAAAAAGAAUCGAAAUCGCUCAACAUUGUGUCAACACGAAUUUCCGAUGGAGUCAGCUUUGGGACGACAACUUUUGCAACAGAAAAUUCAUGGCAGUUUGUCAGGUGCACAGAUGCCCAGCCAGCGGUUGCAAGUACGAAAGUGGAGAGUGCCGUCCUGGCUGGACCGAUUUGAGGCCGAAAACGGACGAUAUUGAGGAUGGAUAUUGCGUGACGCUGAUUAAUAAGCUGCCUUGGGAUUAUGCGAGAAUCAUGUGCGACAAUUUGGAGGCCCAUCUUUUUUUGAUCUCGGAAAGAAUUCCUAACAAAACAAUGAAUAAUUUGAUAACCAAAUUUGUCCGAGACGAGUAUCCGAAAGAAGAGUACAAGGGAGAGAUCACCAUUCCACUCGUCUGGCUCAGCUACAAGAAACAACAGCUGCUCGGGAAAUGGCCAGAGGAAUACGACUGGGUGAACUACCGACGAAUGGUCGCCGAGUAUCUUCCCUGGGGCAUCGGCUGGUACGGCCAAAAACUCCCCGACGACGAAAUCAAGCGACAUCCCCAUCUCGAAGGUCAAACCGAAUAUCAGGACUGCGCAGCGCUCAUGGCGGACCAAGGCAAAUGGGACGACAUGUGGUGCAGCUCGCAUCUCCGAGCAGUUUGCCAGCAAAACAAGUGCUACACGGCAGAGACUUGUCAACCCGUGGAAGUGACUCCUUUUCGGGUCCCGCCGCCGUCCGAUCCUGAUGGGGAGGAUUGGAAAGGACCUGGUUCGAAUUCUCAAAAUCUCAUCGGCACAGGCGGUCCCGGUAGUACAGGGACAGAAACUGGAACGGACGGGCUUGGUGGCUCGACCGGUACUGCUACUGGAACUGGAAUUGGAGGAAAAGGAACUGGAUCUGGCACGGAUACCAACAUUGGUACAGGAGGAGAAAACAAAUAUCCGACUCCUUGGCCGAAAGAACCAGGAGAACCGGGAGGAACUCAGAGCACUCCUUGUUGCGGCGCAAAACAUUUGUAUGACUCGUCAUUUCGUCUCCUCGCCAGUCUACUUGUCUUUGCACUACUGUAA